GUCAAAAAUACGAUUAACGAUCUUACAGCUAAACAAGAAUUGCCGGCCACUGCUAAAAAUCUCAUCAUUACCACUCCUAGAACUUCGUGUAUUUACUUUUUACCUAAAAUCCACAAACCUAACAACCCAGGUCGACCCAUCGUUUCUGCCUGUAGUUGUCCCACUGAACUUAUUUCCAGCUAUUUAGACAAAAUUAUGGCACCUAUCGUCAAAACUCUACCGUCUUACAUUAAGGACAGCCAACACGCACUUGAAAUUUUUCGUGACUUUAGUUUCCUCGACCAAAACAAACUUAUUUUCACCAUGGAUAUAACAUCUCUUUUACACUGUCAUUCCCAAUGAUGAAGGUCUCCGGGCCCUCAAACAUUUUUUUGAUCUACGCAUUGUUAAGGAACCUAGCUCUGAAACACUACUCCGUCUGGUCGAACUAGUACUCACACUCAAUUGUUUUUCAUUCGGUGGUAACUACUACAAACAAACUAAUGGCGUGGCCAUGGGUACU